AUGCUGGGCCUCAUCUUCGGCGGCUGUUGUUCCAAUGUCUAUGCCCUCGAGGCCAUCAUCAACUUCGAGCCCGCCAGUGGAACGCUCUUGACGUUUGUGCAAUUCCUCUUUGUGGCCGUCACGGGCUACGUGGCCCAGUUUGACAAGACCCGGCCGCCCUUUUUUGUUGCCCCGGCCAAAGUCCCAUUGAGGCGCUGGAUGGUCAACAUUGUACUCUUCUUCGGCAUCAAUGUCCUCAACAACCACGCUUUCAGCUACAACAUAUCGGUGCCCGUUCACAUUAUCCUGCGGUCAGGUGGGAGCAUCACGACAAUGGUGGCGGGCUACUUGUACGGCAAACGAUAUUCUCGUGUGCAGGCAUUGGCCGUUAUCUUGCUCAGCGUCGGCGUUGUGCUGGCUGCCUGGUCAGAUGCGAAAGAGAAGGCUGGCUCGGAGAAAGAAUCCACGCUCCCAGACUCAAACACUGGCCUUUUGAUAUUAUUCGUGGCACAGCUGCUUUCAGCCAUCAUGGGGCUCUAUACGGAGGCGACAUACCAGCAGUACGGCCCUCAGUGGAAGGAAAACCUCUUCUACUCGCAUGUUCUCUCCCUGCCCCUUUUCCUGCCCUUUGCGCCAUCCAUGGCCCGCACCUUGAGUCGAGUGAUCAAGAGUGAACCCCUAGUGCUUCCGGUGCCGUUCACGACGGCCACCGGGCCUGUGCGCAUGCCAAGCCAGCUCUUGUAUCUAGCCACGAAUGUGUUGACCCAGUACGCCUGCAUCCGCGGCGUAAACCUGCUCGCUGCUGCCUCGUCGGCGCUUACGGUCACCAUUGUUCUUAAUAUUCGUAAGCUUGUCAGCCUGCUCCUCAGCAUAUGGCUCUUCGGGAACUCGCUGGCUCAGGGGACGCUCAUCGGCGCAUUGAUCGUCUUCGGUUCAGGAGCUUUCUACUCGGUGGGCUCGAGGACGAGCCAUCCGCAGACGAGUGCAACGGCUGUCCGUGGCGCUGAUGACUACAACGAGAAGGCCGCCGACAGGAAGAAGUAUUGA